AUGAUGGCGGCGGCAGUCUCGUCUUCCUGGUCCGGCAGCUCGUCGCUCACGACGCCGCACACCAUCACCGUUGGCGGCUUGCCCGUUCACGUCUAUGGCCUCCCCGCCCUCACAGUUCCGGCAACGUCGUCCGCCGGACUCGCAGUCGUCUUCGUCCUCCACGGCCGCACAGAGAGUCACGAGCACCCGUCAAUUAUGGGCAUCGUGAACCGCCUCGUCGAGUCGGCGCGGGAAAGGCGCCUCGCUCCCGACGGCAAGGGCGCAAAGGACCUCCUCGUCGUCACUUUUGACCAACGCAACCACGGCCACCGUACCGUCGACCGCGACCGCAACCUCGGGUGGAUGGAGGGCGGGCGGAAGCGCGCGCAGGUCCGCAAGGACAAGGGCAUGCAGGCGCACGAACUCGACAAUGUCAGCCAUGCCACCGACAUGCUCGCCUGCCAGGUCGGCACAUCCCGCGACGUCUCCUUCUUGAUCGACUUCUUGCCGCCUGCGCUCUUCCCGCAUGACGAGCGUACCGUGACGGACUGGUACAGUGUCGGCUUCUCGCUCGGCGGGCACGCGACCUGGCUUGCGCUGGCUCACGAGCCCCGUAUCACCCUCGGCGUCCCUAUAGUCGGCUCACCCUCGACCCACACCCUCCUGACAAACCGCGCCGCCAACCUCCCUGCACCCGCCGGUCCUCUCCCUCUCUCAGCACCCUACUUCCCCCGCACGCUCAUGUCGCUCUUCGACGCUCUCGACCCAGAUCGAACGACGAGAGACCGCUGGACGGGCAAGAAAAUUUGCGUGCUGAGCGGCGCGGACGACCACCUUGUGGACUACUACAAGGGCGGGAGCGACAAGUUUGUCGAGAAGCUGCGCGAGUGCGGCGUCGAGGUGGAUGCAUGGGUGCAGCCAAAUACCGGCCACGCCUGCACGCCCGAGAUGAUCGAGCGGAUCUGCGACUUCAUCUGGCGCCGCGGCCUCUCGCCGGAGAAGGGCAAGCUCUAG